CCUCUUGCCUCUCUCGCUUGUGCUGGGAUCGCUAUUUAUUUUCCCGCCAUUUCCAGCUCUUCGUGAGGAGAACUGGAUGAUUUCGGUGAGAUCUGAGGCCUUCUGAGAAUCACAGCAGCCAAACAGAAUGGAUUGGUUUCACUGCAAUCAGUGUUUCCGAAAAGAUGGGGCCCAUUUCUUUGUCACCAGCUGUGGCCAUAUUUUCUGUAAAACGUGUGUGACCCUAGAAAAAUGUACUGUUUGUGGAACUGCCUGCAAGCAUCUGGCUCUUUCUGAUAAUCUAAAACCUCAGGAGAAGAUGUUCUUCAAAAGCCCUGUGGAGACAGCUUUGCAGUAUUUUAGUCAUAUCUCUCAGGUGUGGAGUUUUCAGAAGAAACAAACAAAUCUCCUCAUCGCCUUUUAUAAACAUAGAAUUACAAAGUUAGAAGCAGCCAUGCAGGAGGCACAGCAAACACUGGUCAGCCAGCACAAAGAGUUGUCAGUCUUAAGGAAGGAGAAUGGAGAACUGAAGAAAUUUCUAGCCAUCCUAAAGGAAUCUCCAAGUCGGUACCAAGGAAGCAGAUCGACCACACCUCGACCAGUGGGCAUUACUUCCCCAUCACAGUCAGUUACCCCACGACCCAGUUCCCAGCAUAGCAGCCAAGUGGUUAGUCGAUCCUCCUCAGUGGAGUCUAUCCCUUAUAGAAUGACUGGCUUUGGUAGCUUGGGACAGGGAGGCAGAGGCCUGCAGGGAAGGAAUACUCCAAGAAACUCUUACACUGAAACCCCUUCACCAGCUUCAACUCACAGCCUAUCUUAUAGAUCUUCAUCUGCCUCCUCUGGACAGGGGAUUUUUUCUUUCAGACCAACCCUAAAUGGGGAUUCAGGCCACACAAGAGUCCUCACCCCCAACAAUUCUGGUCAGAGGGAGAGCAGAACCACACCAGAGAGUCUUCCUGGUUUUCAACUACCAGUCCUGCAGGUUCAUCCCGUACACUGCUGAGUGGCCUGUGAGGCACUGCUUGCAUGGCCAGGUGCUAAACCACCAUUUAGAAACUGUGGUUCACGAGGAACACCACCAAAUCCACGCUGGAGAAUACUUUAUGAUGGCAACACUUGACAUCUACUCAACCUCAUUUGUCCUGUUAUAUAAAGAUACAAUAACACUUCAUAUAUGAGGAAAAUGUACCAUAAGGAAUAAAGCAGUCCAAUAUGAGGGUGAAGACUGCCAGAUGGAAAUAUAAGGCAGGCACAGCUAUAAGCCUACAAGGAAGCACUUUGCUUUCAUUCAUAUGGUUUGACAUCCUUCAGAUUCUCAGCAUCAGCUUGAUAUUUCAGUGUAACAUGCAAAACUGCAAAUGACAUAUUUGGUGUACUGUAUACAUCCAGUUUUCACUUACACAAAACACAAGUCAUGGAAAACUUCCUGAAACAGAAUGGUGGCUUAAAUCAAGGCACAGCUGUAUAACUGGUACUUCCCUGGAAGAAUCUGGCUUUGAACUGAACUAGAGAGAACUACAGCCAGAGUGGCUCAUGAGAAUUGUAACAAGUAGGAUAAACCCUGUGGUAAUCAAAACUGUAAUGAAGAUACUAGUGUCUUGUGUUCUUGUGUCUCCAUUUUGGAUUAGGUAAAAAAAGAAGGGAAUCAAAGCUGGAGAAGUAAGGAGUCCUAGGGCAGAGGUAGUAGUGAUGGUGGUGAGCAUCCAUUCUGAAUAAUUACUAAAUUUGUAUCCCUAUAUAUCCAUAUUUAGCAUAUGCCAGAUAUGCCCUCCUCCUACUUAAAGUCACUAAUAAAAAUAUAGUCAGUAUAACAUGCUUCUUUCCCAUAUCCCUCGGGGGAUGGCAGAGAAUGGGCUGCC